UUCAACUCGCCCAACAGGCCACCUUUCGGGGGAUCGCCGUUCAACAACAAUAACAACAAGAUGAACAACUUCAGGAACCACAACAACAACAGCUGGGGAGGAGGUGGUCGAGGGGGCGGUGGAGGCGGUGGGCCCCGACAUGGAUCGCCCUACUUCCGAGGAGGCGGUGGGGGAGGACGGGGUAAUUUCCGCGGUGGCAACAACAAGUUCCGCGGUGGACACCACAAUAACAAUCGAGGUGGAAACUGGUUAGAUUCGUUCUUACGAAACGGUGGCGACAUUCUUGAACUCAUUGACCGGUUCGCCCCCCGCUAGUGCAGAUGAAGGAAGUUUAACGAACCUGCCCAGCUCACAAACACAACCAAUUUUAAAAUACAGUUUGUAAAAUAGUCAAAACCCGAACGGACAGGGCCCGUUCGACACGAACUACUUUUCUAUGUUGAAUU